UGUGAUGAAGAAGUACACCCUAAGAAAUAUUGUGUUUCACCAAGAUGGCAAAUAUUGAUAUUGAAAUUCUGUGGCAACGUUUUCUUUUCUGGGUGCAGUAUUAUGGGCUCGGUUGUUUUGUGGUUUGUAUUCUCAACGCUGACUUGUCAUGUAUGGGGUUUGGAGACUUCAACUGGGUCGGAACUGAGUCAGGUGACUCGGGAGCUAUUGGACUCGGCGAGGCAGCCCGAGUUUUUAGAUUGGUUGAAAAAGAUUCGGAGGAGCAUCCACGAAAACCCGGAGCUAGCCUUUGAGGAGUCCGAGACGAGCCAACUCAUUAGAUCGGAGCUCGAUUCUCUUGGGAUUGGGUACACAUGGCCGGUGGCCACCACCGGCGUGGUGGCUUCCAUUGGGACAGGAGCUCAGCCCUGGUUCGGCCUAAGAGCCGACAUGGAUGCCCUUCCUAUUCAGGAAUUGGUUGAGUGGGAGCAUAAGAGCAAGAAGAAUGGGAAAAUGCAUGCUUGUGGCCAUGAUGCUCAUGUAACUAUGCUGCUUGGAGCUGCCAAGUUACUUCAGCUACAUCACAGAACCGAUCAACUUAAGGGAACUGUGAAACUUGUUUUUCAACCUGCUGAAGAGGGUCCUGCCGGGGCUUAUCAUGUCUUAAAAGAGGGUGUUCUUGAUGAGGUUCAAGCUAUGUUUGGAUUACAUGUUGACCCAACAUUGGCUACUGGUUCAAUAGGUUCUAGGCCCGGUCCUUUCUUCUCUGGCUCUAGUCGAUUUUCGGUAGUGAUAGAAGGGAAAGGUGGACAUGCUGCGAUGCCUCAUGCAUCAAGAGAUCCAAUUCUUGCAGCAUCGUCUGCUAUCCUUGCCCUUCAACAGAUUAUCUCAAGAGAAACAAAUCCUCUCGAGGCAGGGGUGGUAUCAGUGGCGUUCAUCAAUGGAGGCCAAGCAGAAAAUAUCAUUCCGGAGACAGUAAUAUUUGGCGGCAGUUUUAGGAGCUUUACUUCAGAAGGUUUAUCCUACCUUCAACAGAGAAUCAAAGAGGUGGUAGAAAUGCAAGCCUCAGUGCAUAGGUGUACUGCCAAAGUAGAUUUCAUGCUAGACAAGAGAAGACCAUAUCCGGCCACUAUUAACGACAACGCGAUGUACGAACACGUAAAGAGGGUUGGCGAAGUUUUGCUUGGAGAACCUAAGGUGCGCCUUCUUCCAAAGUUUAUGGCGGCCGAGGACUUCAGUUUCUAUGCACAGAAGAUGUCAGCUGCAUUUUUCAUGAUUGGGGUUAGAAACGAAAGCUUUGGCUUGGAUAUUAAAGACUUACACUCUCCUUACUUUGUUGUUGAUGAGGAAGUUCUCCCAGUUGGAGCAGCUCUCCAUGCUGCUGUGGCUAUUUCUUUCCUGGAGAAUCACUCUGCUCGGAUUCUCCUUACGCCCAGUUCUUAAUGUAUAUGCCACCUAUUUUGACAAUUUUUUUUUUCAUUAAUAGGAUUUAGAUUCUGAUGGGAUAAACAACGUAAAUCUAAUGGAUACGGCAUUGGAUUUUAACAAGAAAAGGGUAUUUAGAAGAAAAGCCGAAACUCAAUCUUGAGAUUUACUUUUAUUCAGCUGCUACUUAUUUUUUUCGAUGUAGUUUAAGAGUUCUUUUCUAA